AAUAAAAAUCAAAAAAAAAAAAACUCAUAAUAAAAAUUGUGAAAAUGGAAAAAUUCGAAGUACUCAAAUACAAUCAGAUCUCAAUGGGUUGGUUGGGAAUUCAUUCGAAGCGCUUGAACGAACCGACCAAUGAAUUCUUCAGAUCAUUUGUUGCUUUCUUCAUUCUGUUCAAUGUGGUAUCGUUUACAAUCAUUUCAAGUGUCGUGUACGUGUAUAUACACAUACAUAGCUUCGAAAUGAUCGCGGAGCCCUUUUUAGAUGCGUGUUGUGGCACACAAGUGGCGGGUAUGUUUAUAUGCAUCGGAAUCAACAUGAAAAAAGUAAAAAAAUUACAUCUUGUACUACAAGAGCUCGUCGACAAGGAUCGAAAGGAAGUGUUCAAUAUAUAUUGGCAAGUUGAGCAAAAGUGUCGAAAGUAUACCAAAAUCAUUGCCUGCUUUCCAUUGAACUUGAUUUUCGUGGGUACGCUCAUCUACUCCAUUGUUUGCAUUGCAAAUGGAAAUCGGGAUACAUCAACUUGGAAAUUGUUGUACUUCUUCAGUCUACCAAUUGAUAGAGACACAAUUCACAGAUGGUAUAUAUUCUGGUAUGUUGACACCAGUAUUGGUGUGACUUAUUCUUUAAUCCUCAUUACGAUUUCAACGUACUUCGUCUGUUGCUGCUUCUAUCUCGGCGGUAUUUGUGAUCAUUUUGAUUUUCUAACUUAUUCAUUAAAUGAAGAAGUAAAACAGCUUAAUAAAGAAAAAAAUGUCGCAAAAUAUCAACAAAAGUAUGGUAAAAUGAAAGACAAUGUUGCGCAAACUGUAAAUAUUCACAUAAAAUUGUAUGAAAUUUUUAAUAUGGUCGCUGACUUGAACAGUGGAGUCAUAUUUUGGCUUCUUCCUGCCAAU